AGAUUUGUACAAAUUCAGUGUGGAAAAGAUGGAGAUGCAUAAUAACAUGAGAUUUGUCGAGUAUGAUGGCAUGCAUUUACCGCCAUUUGUACCUCUUUUGAAGGACCCAAAGGAAAGAUUCGAAGAGAUCAGGGACAUGGAAUGUAGAAAAGAUGAUGUUAUUAUAGCAGCAUACUCUAAAUCAGGAACCCAUUGGAUUUGGGAAGUAGUUUGCAUGCUUCUAAAAGGCAAGGCUGAAUAUGCCAAAGAAACAAAAGAAUAUCUUUUCUUGGAAGCUAUUCCGGACAUGAGUGUUGUUCAUAACCUUGCCUCUCCCAGACCUCUAAAUACACAUAUUCCAUACCGGUACUUACCAAAACAACAUGUGCAAAAUGGUGGAAAAAUUAUACAUAUCAUCCGGAAUCCAAAAGAUGUUGCAGUUUCACUGUAUCAUCAACUCUUAGACAGUGGCUUAUUUAAGAGCUUCGACUUUAAGACGUUUCUGGAUGAAAUGUUUCUGGGUCAAGCAUGUCCAUUUACCACUUGGUUCAAGUACGAGAAAGAAUUUGAAGAAGCCGAAAAGAAGGACAAAUUUGGCGCAAUACACACAAUACAUUAUGAGAACAUGAAAAAGAAUCCAAUAGAAGAAACAAGAAAAUUGGCCAAAUUCCUGGAAGUGAGCAUAACCGAGGAACUAAUAGCAGAAAUCGUAGACAAAUGCAGCUUUCAUAAGCUCAAACAGAUUGACAGCACUUUUAAAGACCAAUCUCAUAUUGAUAGCAUGAUACAUGGAAGCGGAGGCGUCAACAAGCCAGUAAUGUAUCGCAAAGGACAGAUUGGAGAUUGGAAGAACCAUUUUACGGUGGCUUUAAAUGAACAGUUUGAUGAUAUUUUCAAAGAAGAAAUGAAAAACUCUUCAAUUCAAGUACAGUUUGAGUGAAAAAAUUCUUUAAAUAAAGAGAAAUAUCAAUCAUGAUUUAAAAUCAAGUUCUGCCACACAUCUUAAACUUAAAUGGUUAGUAAAAUUUACCUGGCAUGCUAAAUUUUGUUUGAACUUUUGAUAUCGCAUCGCAAACCUAAUUUUUGUUUGUUCAUUUGAACACAUAUUUCAAACCUAUAUUCUUUGUACAUUGCCCUUACAUCUCAAACUUUAUAUGUACAUUUGGAAUGUUAUUACCAUACCUUUUGCGAAAUAAAUUGUUUGAACGUGA